AUGAAACUUGCAGUGAUCGUAGUCGCUUGCUUGGUUGCCACUGUCGCCAGUGCGCCAACUCAACGCGCCCUCACAGAUGACUUGGACGAUUUCGUGGAAUUGCUCCCAUUGGACGAUCUGCUAAGCUUGGCCCUCCGUUACCUGCUUAGCGACAAAGAAGUCCAGCAAACGUUGCUCUAUCUGCAAGGAGAGGAAUUUGCAAAGGUUUGGGAUCAGUUCUUCGCUCUCUCGGCAGUACGAGAUUUGUUGAACUAUUUGGAGGAAGCUGGUGUUCCAGCAUACGACUCGCUGAAUGUUGUCGCCGACUUCUUGGGCUUGACUCCUUUGAAACCAAACGUGCGAAGCUUGCGUACAGGAGGAUUGAACGGACUGCUUGAAGAGGCCGUUGCCAUGUUGCCACAUGAGGAACUGGAGGCACUCUUUGACGAAAAAAUGAAGACCAGCACCGAGUUCAAGGCUUUGUUCGAGACACUCCAGAAGUUUGACCAUAAGCAGUUGAGAGAUCUAUACGAGACCUCAGCUGAAGUAAAAGGAAUGGUCCAAAAGCUGCGUGAUUUCGGUGUGGAUGUCGAUCACAUAGUUGAGAUGGUCAAGGAUUUCUUCGGAUGGAACUAA